AUGACCGCCCGAACAUCCAACACCAGCCCUAGGCCCACAGUACACUUCAAUGAAGUUGUCCAGUUUGAUGAUGACGACUCCGGCUGUCUCUGCGUCGAAAAGACCAAACCCCGCAUUCCGAUAUCGACGAUGGAACAAAGUCGAUGGCUUCCCUCUCUGGACUCACCAGAAAGUUCUGAUAAGAAGGGAAGCAAAGCCAUGCCCUUGAGGCGUGAGAUCAUGAAGGAUGAUUGCCUUCCAUGUCCACCGAUGCCACCACGGCUGCCCAUUCGAUGGCCUUCAAGUCCAAGUCUCAAUAUGAUUUCAGAGAGGAAGAAUGUAUCAAGUACAACAGCUUCCUCUUCUAGCAAGACAAUAUCCUUCGUGCCUUCAGAAUAA